AAGAAGAUAUGGCAGUUGGGUCAGCCAUAACAAGCGAAGGCGGGCAAUAUAAUGGCAAGAUGACCCCCUUUGUCGUCCUUUCUUGCAUGAUUGCUGCCAUGGGGGGCCUUAUCUUUGGCUACGAUAUUGGAGUUUCAGGUGGAGUGACAUCUAUGGAGCCUUUUCUCGAGAAGUUCUUCAGAGAGGUGUACACUAAGAUGAGAGAAGACACCAGAAUUAGCAACUACUGCAAAUUUGAUAGUCAGCUGCUGACCUCCUUCACAUCCUCACUCUAUAUCGCUGGUCUCGUUGCUUCCUUGUUUGCCUCAUCAGUCACAAGAACAUAUGGGCGCAAGCCAUCGAUUCUGUUAGGAGGCGCUGCAUUCCUUGCUGGUUCAGCCCUUGGUGGUGCAGCUUUUAAUGUGUAUAUGCUUAUUUUUGGUCGCAUAUUGCUUGGAAUCGGGGUUGGUUUUGCCAACCAGUCAGUCCCUUUGUAUCUCUCAGAAAUGGCACCACCAAACUGCAGAGGAGCAAUGAACAUUGGGUUCCAACUCUGCGCUGGCAUAGGUGUCCUAUCAUCCAACCUCAUCAACUUUGGCACUGAGAAGAUUAAAGGUGGUUGGGGUUGGCGAAUCUCUCUAGCCAUGGCCGCAGUCCCAGCCUCAAUCCUCACACUAGGUGCACUAUUUCUUCCCGAGACACCCAACAGCCUAAUCCAGAACAGCAACAACCACGAAAAGGCCAAACUAAUGCUGCAACGUGUCAGAGGCACCAAUGAUGUCGAUGCAGAACUCGACGACCUCCUGAGAGCAAGUGCCAUAUCAAAGUCCAUUAACCACCCAUUCAAGAAAAUCAUACAGAGAAAGUAUAGGCCCCAACUUGUGAUGGCAAUUGCAAUUCCAUUUUUCCAACAAGUAACCGGCAUAAACGUUAUCUCCUUCUAUGCUCCCGUACUAUUUCGAACAAUUGGACUAGGAGAAAGUGCGUCACUUCUGUCCUCGGCUAUGAUUAUUGGGGUUGUGGGCACUGCCUCAACCUUCAUAUCUAUGCUCAUAGUGGACAAAGUUGGCCGAAGAGCUUUGUUCAUGAUUGGGGGUGUUCAGAUGUUCCUCUCACAAAUCAUGGUUGGUGGCCUCAUUGCAGCUCAGCUAGGAGAUUAUGGAGGGAUGAGCAAAAGGUAUGUAAGUUUGGUUAUAGUUUUCGUAUGUAUUUAUGUGGCCGGGUUUGCUUGGUCUUGGGGGCCGCUAGGAUGGUUGGUUCCAAGCGAGAUUUUCCCCUUGGAGAUUCGGUCUGUCGGGCAAAGUAUUACAGUGGCAGUCAACUUUCUCUUCACUUUUAUGGUUGCUCAAGCUUUUCUUACUAUGCUUUGCCACUUCAAAUCUGGCAUUUUUUUCUUCUUUGGGGGAUGGGUGGUAGUGAUGUCAGUAUUUGUGUAUUUGUUGUUGCCGGAGACUAAGAAUAUGCCGAUUGAGCAUAUGGAUAGAGUGUGGAGGGAGCAUUGGUUUUGGAAGAGAAUUGUUGGGGAAGGGAAUGAAGAUAGAAAGAGGGAGAUCAUACAGUGACAUGUUUGCUGGCCUCUUUGCACUUGCAAUAAACAUCAUUCAAUAUUUCAUCAGGAAAGUUAUUUGUGGUCUGAGAACAUAGUAAUCCUAUUUUUGCUAGUUU